AUGUCUACAACCGGAGGCAACGCAGAGGUCAUCGCGAAGAAAGGCGAUGUCAUACUCCAGCUAGGCAAAGACGGGGUCGCAGAGGGUGUUCGCAACGUCCUUGUCGCAUCCGUGGCUCUUAGCCUCGCUUCACCAGUCUUUGCAGCUAUGUUCGACGGUCGCUUCUCCGAAGGCCAGAAUCUCUCGCCAGCUUCACCACGUACAGUUCCGCUCCCGGAUGACGAUCCUGAGUCCAUCAUCAUGAUCUGCAAGAUCGCACACUUCCAGACAUCGCAGCUUCCCGUCAAAAUUACCGCCAUGGCAGUUUCCAAACUCGCGCUCGCAUGUAACAAGUACGACUGCGUGGAUGGGGUCCGAUCAUGGGCUAUUAUCUGGAUCGCCGCCCUUCUUGAAGAUCCCGAUGCUGCGGACUUCGAGAAGAUGAUUCUUGCUACACAUCUCCUUGAGUUGCCGAGUGAAUUCUCCAGGGUUUCUCAGAGACUGGUGCGAGACCAAACCACGAUCCUCAGUGUUACAGAAGCCAUGGACGGUCAUGAAUUUCUGCCUCUGUUGGUAUAUGAAUAUAUCCUACUUCACCAGAUCUGUUAUCAGAAUGAGAUCACCAGGAUAUUCGCUUCGAUCGUUACAGGAAAAGAGUCCUGCAAUACGAGCAGCCAGGCCGUUGUUACUUUCGUCAGGUACCUCCAGAGAAACGAUCUAUGGCCUAUCAAAGAGUACUCGGCACCGGUCAUCAAGUCCAGACUUGUAGCCGUGCCUGAAGCAACCACCCCUUAUGGCAACGUCACUAACGCAAGUUGCCGUACCUCAGCCUGCGUCUGCAAGUCUGAUGCUCGGCUCAUCAAGGCCAUCCUUAUAGCCGAGCUCGAUAAGGCAUACAACAUGAUACAGGGUGUCUGCUUAGACUGUGUUCGUCAAAAGCUACUCGGAGAGCAAAAGCGGGAGUGUCGCGUGCCCCAUGCGACGAAAGAAGCAACGGUUUACCCUUGA